UCAAAACAGUGAGCUCAGAGGCUGUGCCGUAGGGAGCUCUGCGCGCUGCGACUGGCAAACCCGCCCAGGCCCGGACCGUUCUCACUUUCAUUUAGCCCUGCACUCCAUGGAGGGGCGGACUAGCCAGUGCUUGAUGCAGUCUCACUAGUGUAGAAAAACGGCUCAACUCUCCCCGCCGCCGAGAUGAAGUAUAAGAUGAAACAAAGGAUUUGCUCCAGGCUUUUGUUGGUUUCAUGGUAAACAAACCCCAUCAUAUGGAUGUUUUUGUCCUGCAUCAAACUUCAAUCAAAGGAGAAUAGGUGGCAUUGUGCAGAGAAGGAAGGAAAACCAGCAUUUGAAGGAACACUUAUUUAAUCUCACAUCUAUGCUGUCCAUAUGAUGUGACCAAAUCUGGUCAGAUGGAAAAUUCUUUCUAAGGUCCACAUAUCAAAACUGGUCAAGAGCCUCAGAUCUCACCAACUCUCAAGAGAAUCUUAUGGCAAGGGCCUUAUACGACAAUGUCCCAGAGUGUGCUGAGGAACUGGCCUUCCGCAAGGGAGACAUCCUGACUGUCAUAGAGCAGAACACAGGAGGACUGGAAGGAUGGUGGCUCUGCUCCUUACAUGGUCGACAAGGCAUUGUCCCAGGCAAUCGGGUGAAGCUUCUGAUUGGCCCCAUUCAGGAUACCCCCUCCAGUCAGGACCAGCCUACUUCUGGGCUAAUGCACCAGACCUUUGGCCAACAGAAGCUCUAUCAAGUGCCAAACCCACAUGGUGCCCCUCGAGAUACCAUCUACCAAGUGCCACCUUCCUACCAACAUCAGGGAAUUUACCAGGUCCCCACUAGCCAUGGUACCCAGGAACAAGAUGUGUAUCAAGUACCACCAUCAGUGCAGAGAAGCAUUGGGGGAGCUAAUGGUCCCCACUUAAGCAAAAAGGUGGUAACCCCCGUGAGGACAGGCCAGGGCUACGUCUACGAGUACCCGUCCAGACACCAAAAGGACAUCUACGACAUCCCUCCUUCCCACGCCACGCAAGGGGUGUACGAUAUCCCUCCAUCAUCAGUGAAAGGCCCUGUGUUUUCAGUCCCAGUGGGAGAGAUAAAACCUCAAGGCGUCUAUGACAUCCCUCCUACUAAAGGGGUAUAUGCCAUCCCACCCUCUGCUUGCCGAGAUGAGGCAGGGCUUAGGGAAAAAGAGUAUGAUUUCCCCCCUCCAGUGAGACAAGCUGUAAGGCUGGACGGCAGACCCGAGGGCAUCUAUGACAUCCCCCCAACCAGCUCCAAGCCGAUGGGGAAGGACCUUCACAUAAAAUAUAACUGUGAUGCUCCGGGAGCCGCUGACCUGGCGACACGAAGACACCAAAGCGUCUCGCUGAACCACCCGCCCUCACAGCUGGGACAGUCCCUGGGUCCCCAGAACGAUGCCUACGACAUCCCGCGAGGGGUUCAGUUUCUGGAGCCGCCAACAGAAACCAGUGAGAAAGCAAACCCCGAAGAAAGAGACGGUGUGUACGACAUCCCUCUGCACAACCCCCCAGAUGCCAAAGGCUCUCAGGACAUGGUCGAUGGUAUCAACCGGUUAUCUUUCUCCAGCACGGGCAGCACCAGGAGCAACAUGUCCACAUCUUCCACCACCUCCAAGGAAUCUUCCUUGUCGGCCUCCCCAUCUCAGGACAAAAGACUCUUGAUGGAUCCAGACACAGCCAUCGAGAGGCUUCAGCGGCUCCAGCAGACCCUGGAGAUGGGCGUCUCCAGCCUCAUGGCGCUGGUGACCACAGACUGGCGGUGUUACGGAUACAUGGAACGACACAUCAACGAGAUCCGCACAUCCGUGGACAAGGUGGAGCUGUUCGUGAGGGACUACCUCCAUUUUGCCAAGGGAGCUGUAGCAAAUGCUUCCUUCCUCCCCGAACUCAUCCUCCACAAUAAAAUGAAGCGGGAGCUCCAAAGAGUGGAAGACUCCCACCAGAUCCUGAGCCAGACCAGCCACGACUUAAAUGAGUGCAGCUGGUCCCUGAAUAUUCUGGCCGUCAACAAGCCCCAGAACAAGUGUGAUGACCUGGACCGGUUUGUGAUGGUGGCAAAGACAGUGCCUGAUGAUGCCAAGCAGCUCACCACUACCAUCAACACCAAUGCAGAGGCCCUCUUUAGACCGGGCCCUGGCAGCUCGCCUGUGAAGAGUGGGUCCGAGAACAUCAUGAACUCUACGGAGUACCCACACCCUGCAUCGCAGAUGCAGCUGCUACAUCCUGGGGACCACAAGGCCCAGGUCCUCCACAAGCCACUGCUCCCAAGCCUGGGCAAGGACCAGCCUCCUGACUGUAGCAGCAGUGAUGGCUCUGAAAGGAGCUGGAUGGAUGAUUAUGACUACGUCCACCUACAGGGGAAGGAGGAGUUUGAGAGGCAACAGAAAGAGCUGCUGGAAAAAGAAAAUAUCAUCAAACAGAACAAGAUGCAGCUGGAGCAUCAUCAACUGAGUCAGUUCCAGUUGUUGGAACAAGAAAUCACCAAGCCCGUGGAGAAUGACAUCUCCAAGUGGAAGCCUUCUCAGAGCCUCCCGACCACAAACAGCAGCGUGGGCGCUCAGGAUCGUCAGCUGCUCUGCUUCUACUACGACCAGUGCGAGACCCAUUACAUCUCCCUCCUCAACGCCAUCGACGCCCUCUUCAGCUGCGUCAGCUCGGCCCAGCCGCCACGCAUCUUCGUGGCCCACAGCAAGUUUGUCAUCCUGAGCGCACACAAACUGGUGUUCAUUGGGGACACGCUGACAAGGCAGGUUGCCGCCCAGGACAUUCGCAACAAAGUGAUGAACUCCAGCAACCAGCUCUGCGAGCAGCUCAAGACGAUCGUGAUGGCGACCAAGAUGGCGGCCCUCCAUUACCCCAGCACCACGGCCCUGCAGGAGAUGGUGCACCAAGUGACAGACCUGUCCAGGAAUGCCCAGCUCUUCAAGCGUUCUUUGCUGGAGAUGGCCACCUUCUGAGAGGAGAAGGAGGGAAAGCGGGGACUGAGUGCGCUACUAAGGAAAACUGGAAAUGCUAUCUGGUUUUUGUAAAUGUUAUCUAUUUUUGUAGAUAAUUUUAUAUGAAAAUGAACUAUUUUAACAUUUUAUGGGUUAGACAACAUUCAGAAAUUCAGGGAGCUAGAGGGGGAAUUUUUUUUUUUCUGUGUGAUUCUUAUGUAAACACAGAAGCAUCUAAGGCAUAAACUGUACAGAAACUGGUCCACGUGUGUGUGUAUGCCUGUGUAUUGGUGUUCGUUUGUAGAUGUUUGUCCGAUACAUUCCAUUAGAAAACAUGAAUGAAGAAGCACCUUAGUAAGCACGUCCUAAUGCUGCAUUUUUUUUUUUUUUAGAAAACAUACCAGUUAGUUGUAAUAUUGCUCUACAUAUAUUAGCGAUUAUUCUGAGCCUGUCACUUCCAAGUCUGGGAAGCACAGUAUACGUAUAAGUGUUCACCUUCCAAUAACAAGGCAUGGCAUGACUUGUUCUUGUUUGGAAACCCCUUUCAAAAUUGACCGUCUUGGGCCCAUUGUGGCAAAAUGCCUCACCUGUGAUUGAAAAAGCCCUUUUAUAAAAGAGAGAAAUAUAUAUAUAUAUAUAUAUAUAUAUAUAUAUAUAUAUAUAUAUAUAUAUAAAAGAGAGAAUUUCAGGAAGUAUAUGUUAACCCAAGCACCGAUAUUUUAGAAGUAUGUAGAGGCCAUAUCCUCAGUUUGGGCUAGGUUGUUUCAACACAGAGAGGACAUCGCAAUAAAAGGAAAGCAAAUGUUUUCCCCAGGGCCUUUUGAUCAUCUGCAUUUACGAGUGACUUGGCCAUGAGGUUUUCCAAGGGGUGUUUUUAGAUUUCCAAAAAUCAUAUUAUUUGCAGCAGUAAUUCAUAAAGACACAUCAGACUACCAUUGUCCACAAAAAGAAGGGAAGGUUCCACCUGCCAGUUGUUAAGUAGAGGGCCUUCUGACUCUCAACGUUCACUUAGGUGCUACUACCUCCAUUACCUGAGGAAAACCACCCAGUUCUUUGGUCACUUAAAGGUUAGAGCCACCAGGCCACAUCCUAUUCUAAGGGAAUUCAUUGCUCAAUCUAGCACCUUCCUUAAAACAUGCAGCUGCUGACCUGACACUCAGUCCAUCCAAUCUUUACAAUUCUGUCUGGCCCAUGAGCCUGUGUAUACAGCCCACCACCGUCUUACAGCUCAUCACAGCGCCCAUGCCAUAGUCUGUCCUAUUAUACCUGCUGGUGUUGGCACAGCACAGACAUACGCACGAGCUAUCAGACUGGUCUUGGGGCAAAUGAAAUACUUCCUACCUAGUGGGUAAAUGUAUUCACAUAUUAACAAGUCAGGAAGCACGUUAUCUAUAGGAUUUCAGUCCAGUUCUUAUCGAAUGGUUCUCAUCUAGCCUAUUUGAAAACGUUUUUAUUUGCAAUAUAUGCCUUGACUUAAUGAAGCUUGCUUGUUUUAAACAACCAAAUCACUGGAACAGGAAAAGAUUUAAGAGAAAAGAAUGUGUGAUCUAAGUGUGAGAAAAAAAUCAGCAAAACAUCAUAGAAGGUGCUUCUCGAAACAACCAUUAUUGUAGUUCUCCGAGUUCCCAUUCUGUCAAGAGAUGAUUAAAAUGUAUCAUUAUAUGACAAGCAAGCAUGUGGGGAAAAAGGAGAUUUCUGAAAACAAACUCCGCAGGAGUUGAAAGGUGUCCCUAUAGAGUUCAUUGUAUAAUGUGUGUUUCUUAAGAGAUGACAGACUUGUUCUAAGCUAAGUGGUGACAUUUCACGUUUUCAAAACCAAAAUUUCGAUCUGUAUUACUCUCUUCCCCAUCUUGUAUAUAAAGGCUAUUUUUAAAUCAUUAAAUUUUUCGAUCUUGAUUUCCAUA